AUGGAAAAUGUUUAUAGUUUAUUUGGUUCCACCAAAUUCUCAGUCAUAUCUGUUGCUAUGAUAACCCAAUGGGUGGUUUCUUUUGCUACAACCCACCAAACCAAACCCCACAAACUCAAGAGCCAACUUCUUUUUGGUCUAUUACAAUCCAAGUCAUUGCAUAUAUGUGGAUGGCAUAAUACUGAUUUUUCAUUUUUCUCUGAUUUUGAUUGGUUUAGGUCCUCCUUCAGGAUAAGAAUAAUGCUGGAGGGUUUCUCUCUGUCUCUCCAAGAGGUAAAACAUGUGGCUGUGACCAAGUCUGUACAUUGA